AUGAGUUUUUCUAGGAAAAGAAUUGCUCAAGAGAGAGCAGAAUGGCGAAAAGAUCACCCAGUCGGAUUUUCAGCGAAAUAUGCUCCAUCUGAAGAUGGUGAAGGCCAAGAUAUGAUGAAGUGGAUAUGCAAAAUUCCAGGAAAAAGUGGGACUCUUUGGGAAAACGGCGAAUAUACAUUAAAUGUAAUAUUUCCUGAGGACUACCCUGCAAAACCUCCAAAGUGUAUUUUUCAACCACCACUAUUUCAUCCAAAUAUCUAUCCUUCAGGAACCGUUUGUCUUUCUAUUCUAAACGAAGAUGAAGAUUGGAAACCUUCUAUUACUAUGAAACAAAUUUUACUAGGUAUCCAAGACCUUUUAGAUAACCCAAAUAUUAAAUCCCCAGCUCAAGCUGAGUCAUAUCAGCUGUACUCAAAUAAUAGAGCUGAAUAUAAUAGGAGAAUUAAACAGCAAGCUUUGCAGAAUAGGCCCUCUGAUUGA